AUGUACAAUAACUUGCAAAUAGGUUACGGUCAAUCUCCAUCUUUACAACCACAGGUAAUUGCUGGUACGACCUCCGAAGGAGAGGAAGAGGGUCCUAGUAUCCCUAAUGUUCGCCUUUCAUUCAUUACCGCAGCAGAUCAAACAAAAUUUGAGCAGCUUUAUAUACAUGGUUGUGCUGGGGGCAAAUAUUUAACAGGUGAAGGUGCAAAAGAAAUCCUUUUAAAGUCCAAACUAGAUGCCACCACACUUGCUCAAAUAUGGUUUAACAAUUAUCUUACCUUUCCCGAAUUUGCUCUUUCCAUGUUUCUCACUAAUUUAAAACUUAAAGGUAAUGAAUUACCUAGUAAAAUAGCCGAUAAUAUUAGUAAUGAGAUAAUGGGGGUUAUUGAACAAAUUAAAGCUAUUGAACGUUUCCAGAAUAAUGCUAUGAUUCCUAGUAUGAUGCCUUUUACACAACGCAUGUUGCCACAACAAAAUCCUCAACAACAAUAUAGCACGACCGGUAUAGCAAUGGGAUUCACAAGGAGUGGGAUAUUUAACAGGCAAGUUAUAAAAUGUGAUAAGGCAAGAGAAAUUUUUUCACAAGCUGGAUUACCUCAAAGUGAUUUAAUGCAAAUAUGGAAUUUGUCUGAUCCUAAUAACAAUGGGAAGUUAAAUCAGGAUGAAUUUGCUGUUGCCAUGCAUUUAAUUUAUAGAAAAUUAAACGGUUAUGACAUACCUUCUACACUUCCGCCUGAACUUAUUCCUCCUUCUACAAGAGAAUUAUCAGAGAGUGUGAAUAUGAUCAAAAAUAUGCUCAAAUCUGAUGCUUAUAAUUCAAGCAUUGGAUUAGGUACGUAUACAUCAGGUGCCAAUUAUGCGAAAUCAAGAAGCUUUACUUCGACACCUACAAUUGGUGUAAAUGAUGCAGUGGUAUAUAAGCAUAAGGAUGAAGAUGUUGGAUAUGUCUCCUCUUCGAGGCAUCGAAUUCCUACCGUGUCUCGUAGUCAAUCUUCUACAUCAUAUUCUUUAUCAAGGUCAUCAUCCAC